AUGAAUGCUCGCGGGUCUCACGUUCUGCUGGUGGCAGGUGCUGUCUCUUACGAAUACAUAGUCUAUCCGAUGGGGGACCAGAAUGGCAUGAAUGGCACCGCAGGGACGCUCCUCGAAGAGGGCAACGAUGCAUCUCAGCUGGUUAUCCGGACAGGCGCAGCAGAUCUGGUGGCUCAGCUGCUCACCGCUGCGGCACCCUCUUUCGACUUCGAUGUCUUGGGACCAACACUGCAAGCGCCGGCUUCGAAUUGCCUAAAACACAACGCUUCGGCAGUCAUUGACCUGGAGCAUUCAGCCACUUCCUUGGAAACAGAGCCCUCACUUCGCGUAGUGAAGAAGAGGCAGAUCGGCAAGCCUCCCACCUGGCACUGUCCAAAAAUCGACAACGUUGCGCAGGCGAAGGCUAGUACUGUCAUCAUAUCCGGUUCUGGGGAGGCUUUUCAUGACGUGGAACCAGCUUUGGAUUUCCUGCAGCGUGUGAGGCCAAGAUAUAUUAUCCAUCAUAUGACCCGGCCGCUUGCCACAGGACGCCUUUGGAAUAUCAUCAGAGACGGACCUCGGACCAGAGACGGAAUACCUGAUCCUGAUCAUCUGGCUGUGAUCAUUGAUGCGGACGAUCUCCGUGCAGAGGGCAUAUCUCUGAGCCGAUCCUUGUCCUGGGAGCAAACUACUGAAGAUUUCGUUCGCAACCUGGGAUCAAACGGCCGACUUGACACAUUGGUGACUUGUCCUAACCUCAUCGUUCGAUUUGGGAACGAGGGUAUCAUUCAUCACCGUGGACGAGACGCUACGGAUCCCAAGCUCUACUUUCACCCACGGCAAGUGGAGAAGAAUAUGUUGCAUGAGCAAGGGGCUCCAAUGGUAGGGCUUGCUUCGGCGUUCACUGCAGGCUUCGCACUUGGAUUUGCCGGCUCUUCACCACCAAACUGUGAGAAGGGCAUCCGGCUGGGAAUUGCUGCAGCACGGGAUAUGGAGCAGAAUGGCUUCGUCACGAAUCCAGUCGAUCAAGCGCCUGACUAUCCUAUCGAUGCCACAAUCCAAGGUCUGAGCCCCGAGAAGCGAUUCUCAGUCGCCAGCAUCCCAUCUGGGCGCAUCAGCUCAGGGGACAGCUGGAACAUUUUCGACGCAGUCACAGGAGACCCUGCUGAAGUCGCGCGGCAGAUCGUGACCCACGGACCACGGAAAGUGCUCACAAGGUGCCCACUCCAGCAAUUUGGCGAGAUGCUCAGUAUAGAAAGGAACGAGCAAGAAAGUCUACGAGCGAUCGUGGACGCCGUUGAAGAGCGGAUCAGAUCUCAAACGUCGCAACCCACCUCUAUUGGCAUCAUGGGACCGCCAGGCUCAGGAAAGAAGUAUGUUGCAGCGAAUCUGGUGGAACAUUUUGCCACCAAAGCAAACGUGAAGCGACUCACAUUCAAUGCACGACUACUACGAUCGGAGGAUCUGGUUGCGCUGUGCCACACUAUCCGAGAUCGCAUGGCAGCUGGCCUGCUAGCAGUAGUGUGCUUUGAGAAUUUCGAAGCAAUCCUCGAUCCCAGGAACGAACUCCUCAACAACUUCCUAGUAAUGAUGCGAGACGGCCUCUUCACAGAUCGAGGCCAUGUCCGCAGCUUGGGCCAUCCUCUACUCUUCUUCCUCGUGAAUCAAGAAGCACCCACCUUUGAAGGCACACCCACGCCCACGGCUUCCGACUUCAAAGAGCGCCGCCAGACCAUCGACGACUCCCUACUUCUGGACAAUCUCCACGGCCUCGUUCGAAUUGCAGGCCCGAACCAACAGUCGCAGCAUGACAGAAUGUUCAGCAUCCGCCGCGCUGUCAUGGUCCGGCAAAUGCUCCUUCAAAAGUUCCCACACCUCGAACAACGCAACGGCAUCAUCAAAGUCGACGAAGCAGUCCUCUACGCCCUCCUCCUCGUCCCCUCAUACAAACACGGUCUCCGCUCCCUCGACAAAAUCCUAGGCACAUCCCGCCUCUCCGGCCGCACAAAAUUCGACGUCUCAGCCCUCCCACCCGAAGAACAAAUCCAGCUCCACGUCGACGGCCGCAUCUUCAUGUCCUUCCUCCGCUCCCCCAAACUCCCCGCCGCGCUACGGGAACGCCUCGCGCAAGGCUUAUUCGAAACGUACAAGAAGCAACGCCGCCACAUGGCGAAAUCCGACUCCGACAUCGCCGCCCUCGAGUCAGACCCGAGUAUGUACGACUGGGACGACCUCGCCCCGGAACUGAAGGAAUCAACCCGCGCGCAAGCAGACGAUAUCCCCCGGAAACUCCGCGCGGUGAACUGUUUCAUGCUGGACCAGGAGAGGGCUUCGCCGCUAGUCCAUGUGCCGGCUUUUGGAGAGGGGGAGUUGUUGAUGUUGAGUGAGAUGGAGCAUGAGAGGUUUAAUGCGGAGAGGUUGCAGCGGCAGUGGAGGAUGGGGCCCAGGAGUAGUGGGAAGAGGACUACGCCGUUUUUGGUGCCGUGGAGGGAUUUGACGCAGGAGUGGAGGGAUGUUGAUACGGUCAUGGUGGAGUGUGUGCCGAGGGUUCUGGCUGGGGCGGGGUGGAGGAUUUAUAGGAUGGAGGAGGAGGGGUUUUGA